ACCGCGACGAUCAAGAACGUUGCACGAUCGGAAAAGCAUAUAAUACAUUUAAAAUUAAUCAAAAGAAGAAAUGAUUUUAGGAUUGUAGCGAGUCGUCUCGGUUUUAUUUUCUUUUUCAUUUCAAAUUUAUAUGAACCGAGAAAUGAGUUAUAAAAACGGAAGUGUGGAAAAUUAAAUCUGUUGGAAAAUAAAGAGUGCCAAGCAAAAAAGGAACAAAUAAAAAAUAAAAAAAUGUAAUGCAAAUAGUUGAAAGAGCAGCGAGAGAGUGAAAUGAAUGAAAAUAUUUUGAAUAUUUAUUUGUUUAACGGAUUACAUGGUGCAACGUUAAAUUUUAUUUUUGGAAUUCAAUGAUAAAAAUAGAAUUCGAGUUAAUUGGUUUGGAAAUCUGAUUUGGUGUCAUGUUGAAAUGAAAAUGUUUGACACAUUUCGUUGUGAAAGAAGCGAGAAAUGAUAUCAACGAAACCGUGUACUUAUAGAAUCCGUAGGAUUCGUAGUCAUAACAAAAUGUACCAAAUACUUCACGUAUUUCUACGACAAAGUGCUUCGAAAAAUAGAAGACAGCAAUUCGGAUACAUCAGAUUUUGUUUGAGUCAUUUAUAAAUGUUUAUGUUAAUAUCAGUGUAAAGUGUAAUUAAAAUUACCAUCAAUACGAAACAAAGUAUUUUUGGAAGUGUGUGGACACAUUUGUUGAUACAGAAGCACCACAAAAGUUAAAUAAAAAUUGAAAAAUGUUUUGUUGGAAACGUUUAAAAUGGUAAAACAUUUUAUGCGAAUAGUGAUUAUAUUUGGAUUUAUCGAAAUGACAAUAGGUGGAGUAUGUUGGGUAAAAAUCAUGGAAGGAAAAUGUAAAGAACCAAUUCAACGAAAUAUAUCAAAAGAAAACUGUUGCUCAGCUGGACCUAAUGUUGGUUUCACGGAAAAGGAUCUAAACGAUUUUGAGUACUUUUUCGCUACAGCAAUCGGAGACGGUUCAUCUUGUACAUCGUGUCUAGAAUCGUGUAAAACAGCCAAAUGUGGUACUGGUAAAAAAUGUAUUCAACGGAACGAUCAACCCAAGUGUGUGUGCGCCCCAAAUUGUAAAGCGUCGAAAGGUCAACGAAAUAAUCACAAAACUAAGCAAAAUUUUCAUUUUAUCCAAAAAGAAAACAAACUUGAAAAAAUGAGAUUAGUUGAAGGGGGAGGAGCGAUGAAGAAAAGAAGACGAAAUUCAAAAGGACUACAUGUGAUACAUGCGAAUAAAGACGUUGAUUUCGUGGAUGCAUCAACGAAUAAUAAUAGUUCAACAUUCGGAAAAAGUGAGAGGGUUAUAUUGUCCGACAGUAAAGUUUUGAAUAGAAUUCACGGUGAUAAUAAGAAAAGGACAAACUUGAACAAAAGUAUUAAAAAUGAAUAUGUUAGGGGGAAUUACAGCUCUAUGAUGAGUGAAAGUCAUCGUCACGGAAGUAGAAAUGUGUUCAAUCAACAAACGAACUGGCCCACAAUGAUUAGAACUGGAAGUUAUGGCUACGAUGCACCGUUUCCAUCGAAUACAUUCGCGGACGCUGAUCAUAGUAUGUACUUCAAACCAGUUUGUGGAACGGACGGCAGAACCUACAAAACAGAAUGCCAAUUAAAGAAGAGGGCUUGUCGACGAGAGAUAUCCACCUUGCAAGUGGCAUACAAAGGUCAAUGUCAAACUUCAUGUAAAAAUGUUAAAUGUCCGCAAUCAAUGCACUGCUUAGAGGAUCAAAAUUUAAUGCCACAUUGUGUAUCAUGUUCGAUGAAAUGUCCUCCAUACGAAAAGACAUUAAAAUCGGUUGUUCCGAAUCCAUCUAGGCUGGUGUGCGGCGUGGAUGGCAAAACCUACCGAAAUCUUUGCGAAAUUAAACGAGCAGCAUGCAUUGUUGGCAGAUCAAUACCUGUGGCUUAUAGAGGAGCUUGCAACGACACUGCUAAUUGUAAUAACAUCAAAUGCAAAGACAGACAGAUUUGUCUGAAUGAUUUAAUCACCCACAGGCCGAGAUGUGUUUCGUGCAAUUUUAAAUGUUCAAGGAAAAGAAAACCUCAGGGUAAACGAGAUGGUAGACCGACCUCUUCUGGAAGUGAUACCGAGAUGAAAUUGUGCGGACGAAACAAUCACACUUACAAUUCCUGGUGUCAAAUGAUCAAAGAUUCGUGUAGCACUGGACUUUUUAUCGAUAUAGAACAUAACGGGGAAUGUAGGAACAGUGCAUCAAACAGUACAACCAUUUUAUCCUUAGGAGUUGGAUCAUAGUCGGAAAACGUGAAACAUAAUUAUCCAAGGAAUUAAUCUUUUACAUAAUAUUGGAAACACUAUAGAGAUGGGGUUUUUAAAUUAUUAUUUUUAUAAUUAUGCGUGGAGUUUAAGUUAUUAAAUAUAAGAAAAUUACUUUUAAUAAAUUAUGAAAGCUACUGGUUUAACUGACACAAUAAAACAUAUGGAAAUGA